AACGCUCGCAUUUCCGUAGUCGACGAAUUGCAAAGGUUGGGCGCUACUGGAAAAUCUUUAUUGAAGCCUAUCCGUUAGGCCUGUAGCGAAUUUGCUAAUCCCGUGUCCAAAAUCUGGAUGCAAAAAGUAUUGAGUGAUUAACUGUGUGUAGGUUCGGUUGUAGUUGGCCAAAUAAGUGCUAGGUAUAUAGCCUAGAUCGGCUAACAUUAGCCGAACUUGGCUAACAGUCUCCCAUGGAUUCAAGUGUGAGAAUGGAGCCUUGUGAGAGUGCUGCAUCUCUCCUGGCCUCCGUGCGGGAGCAGGAGGUGCAGUUUGAGCGCCUGACUCGUGCUCUGGAGGAGGAGAGGAGGCGAGCAGGCCCCCCCAGCACCCUGCCCCGCCCCUUCCCCCACCCGCAGAGUCUUAUGUCUGGUGAUGCGGAGAUAGAAAGACUCAAAAUAAGCCAAGGAUACGUCAACGGGACACAGUACAGGAUGUUGGACCCGGGUCAGGUGGUGCAGGAGGCCGUUACCGUGGAGGAGGACCCCCAGGAUGCCCCCUCCGUGCCCGUGGAGGAGGAUGGAACCGCACGCCGCCCUGAGACCGCGGUGAAGAAGCCAGUUGCGCGUAACGUCAUCCCCUCGGUGUCAGACAGCAUGUCUCUGGAUGGGGGGAUUGCCCCCCCCAUGGGACAUGGGGGCUACGCCACAGUGGACCGCAUGUACCGCCCCUCCCCAGGCGGGGUGGCGGACUACCCCACCGCCACAGUGCCCCGAAACUACCACUACGGCCCCCCUGUGGGGUACGAAGACUACCGGACCGGACCCCCCUCCGAGGCCUACUCCAGCCUCAGCCGCGGCGUCCGCAUGGAUGAGCGCUACAGGCCGGAUGGGUACCGCACGCUGGAUGCGUGUUACCGCGCGCCGCGGGCUCAGCUGGACCCGUACGCAGCGCAGCCGCAGGUGCGCAUGGGCAGCACUGCAGACCUGCAGCGCUUCGUGCCCGAGCCCUACGGCCUGGAGGACGACCAGCGCAGCCUGGGCUACGACGAGCCCGACUACGGCAUGGGCCCCCCCGCGCACUACGGCACCGUGCCCCGCCUGGGCGCCGCCCACCACGCGCCCCCCCGCCGCGUCGGGAGCUACGAGGGCGCUCUGGACCGGGACAUGAGUGACCUUUAUUACUGGGGGGGUGGGGGUGGGGCGCCGCUGGCGCAGGGGGAGAGAGGCAGCAUGGCGUCUCUGGACAGCACCCUGCGUAAGGGCCCCCCCACCACCUGGCGACAGCCAGAACUGCCCGAGGUCAUCGCCAUGCUCAACUACCGGCUCGACCCCGUCAAGAGCAAUGCUGCCGCCUUCCUGCAGCACCUCACCUACAAGAAUGACAAGGUGAAGUCGGAGGUGCGGCGGCUAAAGGGGAUCCCCUCGCUGGUGUCCCUGCUGGAUAACCCCCGUAAGGAGGUGCACCACUCUGCCUGCGGGGCGCUGAAGAACAUCUCCUACGGCCGCGACGCCGACAACAAGAUCGCCAUCAAGAACUGCGACGGCGUCCCCGCACUCGUGCGUCUGCUGAGGAAGGCCCGCGACCAGGACCUGACCGACACCAUCACAGGUACGCUGUGGAACCUGUCGUCUCACGACUCGGUGAAGAUGGAGAUGGUGGACCACGCCCUGAACGCGCUGAGCACGGAGGUGAUGGUGCCGCACUCGGGCUGGGAGCGCGGGGGCGAGGCCGAGAGCUGCAAGCCCCGGCACCUGGAGUGGGAGGCCUCGCUGACCAACACCACCGGCUGCCUGCGGAACGUGAGCUCUGAACGCAGCGAGGCUCGCCGCAAGCUCAGGGAGUGCUCCGGAUUGGUGGACUCAGUUAUGUACAUCGUCCAAUCACAGAUCGACCGCAAAGACGUGGAUAACAAGCUGACGGAGAACAGCGUUUGCCUGCUGAGGAACCUGUCCUAUCACGUUCAUCGUGAGGUUCCCGGGUUCGAGCGGUACGAAGAGGCCGCGCCCAUCAGCCAGGGCUCCGCCCCCAGCUCACAGAAGACUGGCUGCUUCAGUUCCCGCAAGGGCAAAGACGAGUGGUUUUCCAAAGGCCAGAAAGACUCUGAUGACAUCGCCGCGGACAUGAUUGACAUUCCAAAGAGAACUACACCUGCGAGAGGGUAUGAGCUGCUGUUCCAGCCGGAGGUGGUGCGCGUUUACACCUCCCUGCUGAAGGAGAGCAAGAACCCCGUGGUGCUGGAAGCUGCCGCCGGAGCCGUGCAGAACCUGUGCGCCGGCCGCUGGACUUAUGGGCGCUAUAUCCGCGCCACGAUGCGGCAGGAGAAGGGCCUGCCCAUGAUGACGGAGCUGCUGGUGCACAGUCACGACCGCGUGGUGCGGGCUAUGUCCGGCGCCCUGAGGAACCUCGCCAUCGACAGCAGGAACAGGGACCUGCUCGGGAAGCACGCCGUGCCGAACCUCGUGGGGAACCUGCCGGCGGCGGGGCAGCAGGCUCCGGUGCGGGCCCUGUCCGAGGAGACCGUGGUGUCCGUGCUCAGCACGCUGGCUGAGGUGCUGGGCUCCAGCGUGGAGGCGGCCAAAACGCUGCGCCUGGCGCAGGGCAUCGAGAGGCUGGUGCUCAUCAACAAGGACGGGAACCGCUCUGAACGGGAGGUGCGUGGGGCGGGGCAGGUGCUCCAGACCGUGUGGGGCUAUAAGGACCUGCGCAAGACGCUGGAGAAGGACGGCUGGAAGAAGACGGACUUCAUGGUGAACAUGAACCCCCCCGCGCCCCGCAGCAACGGGGGCUACGAGGACAGCAGCACCCUGCCGCUCAUGGAGCGAGGAGAGAAGAUGGACAGAGAGGCUGACAUGAUCCCUAUGAAUGACAUGGGACCAGAUGCAUACUCCACACUGGACCCCAGAGAGAGGAGGAACACUAUAGACAACACUCUGGAACCAGACAGAGAUGCUGUACAGGGAGAGUUCUAUGGGCUCAGAAUGGGCUCGUUGCCUCUGGUUGACUCAUAUGAUGGUUAGCCCUAAACCCCCCACACACUGCAUGUCACAGCGUGAAAAACUGAUGGUCUACAUCGCUGAGAGAGACCUGCCUGCCCCCUGCCACUGCUGAUCCGCAGGAGAAACCACACACACCCUGCAAGAGACCAACCAGAAACCACACACACCCUGCAAGAGACCAACCAGAAACCACACACACCCUGCAAGAGACCAACCAGAGACCACACACACCCUGCAAGAGACCAACCAGAGACCACACACACCCUGCAA